CUGAUCUGUUUUGACAAGCAGCAGGGAAGUGAGGAGGGGAGCCAGACUGUAAGCAUCACGACUUGGAGGAGGAGGACUCACUGUUCUUUUUAUCUGCAUUUCGCCUGUAUAAUUUUAGUGCCGAUCUUGCCCGUUACUUUUGUCAGCCAGCUCACCCUGUCAGUGAUUAAACAGCGAAUCUCUCUCAGACAGAGAGCUGCCAUCGUUAGCGUUAUCGCCCUGCUCGAACACACUCAGUAUAUUUGUUGUUGGUCUCAAAGUUUUAAUGAAGACUACAAAGGAAGUCAACACAGGUGGCAUUUCUCAGUAGAUUGCGAUGGGUCGAGCGCUGUCGAUGGAUGAGAAGAGGACCUUAGCAGUGUAGCAUCACUGCUUACCAUUUCGUCUGAAGAAUGAUCCGCUAAAUAUGCUCCGCUGGUAGCAAAAAAAGCUCGACCGUCGUCGUAACCGUGGACGUGUUUUAGCAGAGCUGUGGCUACCUGCACUGCGUGGGGUUGCGUGGGGGUUGGGGUGUUUGUAAGGUCGUCGUCAUCAUCGGACGUUUAACCAGCAAAUCAACAAUACUUGGCUAUGCUGUUUGGCCAGUUAGCUGGUUAAUGUUGCUGUUAGUCAGCAAGCCCCUCGCCUAGUUUAGGACUGUUGUCACGAGCCAGCGUUACAGGAUCCGAGAGGAGCGAGAUGCUCCGCGGCGGAACUAUGGUUCAGGUGGUGGAAUUUGACACGGAUUGUAAGAGUAGCCAGCUUGCUAGCUAAAUUAGUAGUAGUCAGCUUGGUUACUCGUAGGCAAGCUGAUUAAACCCAUUAUCUGACACAAAUACGUAAUAGCGUCCGCUGUCAGCUGCCUUUAUAUUUGCUAGUUGAGCAGUACAGUGCGACUCCAUGGAAGCGUACAGUAGCAUGCUAACAAAGCAAUGCUUUGUUGUUGGAUAAGGGGCAAUUGGCAGCAACAUACAGGCUUCACAGCUGAUAUUGUUGCUUAGCUAAUACAACAGGGCAGUGAAAUCCUUAACGAGGAUUUGGGGUCCAGACACCGUCGUGUUGCUGUCGAGGCUGUGUUUGUGUGUGUGUGUGUGUGAGAGAGAGAGACCAGUGAAGAAGACAUAACAAACCUGAAGACGGAGGAGACCGUGCGAGAGAGACCCCGAGAGCAACCUGAUGACACUGGACAACAUGAAACCUGAGCGAGAUGCGUCGGAGGAGUUUUUUGAGUAUGAUGCCGAGGAGUUUCUGGUCUUCCUGACCCUGCUCAUCACAGAGGGAAGAACACCAGAAUGUUCAGUGAAGGGCAGGACCGAGGGGCUGCACUGUCCCCCAGCCCAGUCGGCCAUGCCACCUCUCCACAAGCACGAGUGCAGUGACAAACUGCCGCAGUGUCGGCAGGCCAGGCGGACCCGUUCGGAGGUGAUGCUGCUUUGGAGGAACAGCAUCCCCAUCAUGAUCGAGGUCAUGCUCCUACCAGACUGUUGCUAUGGUGAUGAGUGCCCCCCCAGUGACCCUAUCAGCGAUCCGGUCAUCAAACAAGAUGCUCUGCUGCUGGAGAGAUGGACCCUGCAGCCUGUUCCCAGACAGAGCGGGGAUCGGUUCAUCGAGGAGAAGACCCUGCUGUUGGCUGUCCGCUCCUAUGUCUUCUUCUCCCAGCUCAGUGCCUGGCUCAGUGCCUCCCAUGGCAUCGUCCCCAGAAACAUCCUGUACAGGAUCAGUGCUGCUGAUGAGGAGUUGAUGUGGCAGUUCUCCCAGCCACCAUCAGAGCAUCUCUUCCCCGUCCCCAACGUAUCCCAGAGUGUAGCGCUGCGGGUUCGGGUGCAGUCGCUCCCUCGCCAACCCACCUACCCCACUCUGGCCUGCAGCAUCCAUACGGGCCUGCCUCCGCUUUACAGCAAGACCCCCAACCUCAGCCCGAACCUUAACAGCCAUGGCGGCCUGCCCAUCCUCAAGAAGAACCCGGACGCUAGCAGAGAAAACACCCUCCACAACUCCAACCUGCCUCUCUACAGCAAGAGCCCUAACCCCAUGUCCAGCCUUCCCAUUAAUGCAUUACCCAUACCGAACCUUCCCAUUAACAACAUACCAAUUAACAGUCUGCCUCACACUGGGGUGCCUCCUCUCUAUGGCAAGAGGAGCCAAGAGCCUGGUGACAGCCACAGCCAUGCAUAUCAGAAUGGCGAGCUUCCCCAGGUCAACAUCCCACACCGCCAGGGCUCCCCACUGUUCCACAGGCCCUCCCACUCCCCCACGCCCUCCCGCUCACAUUCCCCCUCCCCACUCCCCACCAGUAAGGCAGGGAGGUGGCUAUAUUCGUCUCUCAAUGGCUCCUCCGACCCCAUGCAAGUCGAGGACUAUGGGCCCGGCACGAACAGCAGUGAGAGCUCUAAGGGGCCUGCCCCCGAGCCACUGAAGGCCUUCAAGAACUUCUCCCUGGCUGAGCCACCGCGCUGUCCGUCCCCAAGGCCUGUUGCCUCAGAGACGAACCCCCUGAUUGGCUCUCUGUUGCAGGAGAGACAGGAAGUGAUUGCCCGCAUUGCACAGAGGCUCAACUUCUGCGACCCAACUGCACCACCCCUUCCCCCUGGCCUCUUUGCUCCUGAUACCCCUCCCAAAGCCAUGUGGGGCAGCAGCCAUGAUGACGUGACUGUCAGUAAGACCAAAGAGCCCGAGGUACCGCCCUAUGAGCAUGUGGGACGAGUGUGGCCCUCCCCCUUCGACACGCCAGUGACCGAUCCUUCUUUUAGCAAACGGGAGAGCUCCUCCCCUAAACCGGCGGCCUGCAGGAAGCUGAAGCUGACUGAGACAAGAGGCAGAGAGGAGGAGAGGAAUGGUGAGAAGGAGAGAGACAGAGAGAGGGAAAAAGACAGAGACCGGGAGAGGGAGCGAGAGAGAGACACAUCUCUCAUUGCCCAGGCAGUGCAAGACAUCACCAGACUCAUCCAGGAGAGACUUUCUGUCCCUUCUCUGUCUCCCAUGCAUAGCAGGAGUGGCAGCCCCCUGCACCGCACACACACAACGACGGUCACACACACGGUCCGCACAUAUUCGCACACCACACACAACCCACAAGCCUCACACACUGCCCAUAACGGCUAUACCAAUGGCCACACACCCAGCCACGAACCUCACAGAGGCACACACACCGCUGCCACCUCCACACACAUGCCUGUUUGCACAGACAAGCCCCGAGCUGAACCGGGGACCGAACGCCAUUAUACCCGGGCCCAGAACGGUGCUCACUUUACACUUGAAGACCCUCAGUUCAGAAGCCAGUCCCACGCCCAGGCUGGUCAGUGUUUACAGACCCCCCUGCAAGAAGAGCCCCGAGUCUGGACGUCCAGCAGCCCCGAAGCCCCCUUCUUUUCCUGCCCCUCUUCCCCCUGUCUGGAGAAUGGCCCAAGGUCUACCCAGGUCUACAGUUGGAAUCACAGCAAUGUCAGCCCUGCCCUGAACUGUAAUUUAAGCCAGAACCACAGGAAGCCUCAGUCGCAGAUUCAGAUGCAGAUGCAGACAUGUGCACCAAUCCAGCCUACUACCCCCCAGGAUGAGAACCAGGCACCCCUGGGAUCUGGCAGCUCUAGCUCCACUAGUCUGGACAUGACACCCCCCAAUACUGUCCUGCGAGCUCACAGCCCCUCCCCCCUGCGGCCCUGCAACAGCUGGAAGAAACAGAAUCGACACUCAUUAGAUGCCACAGCGACCAAGGCCUUCCACCCCUGUACCGGCCUGCCUCUGCUCUCCAGUCCUGUUCCUCAGCGGAAAAACCAGACAGGCUACUUUGACCUGGACACCUCUUUGACUGGCUGUAAGGGUGUCCCAUGGGCCUCUGGGAAAAGGUUGUGUUCGAAGAGAGAAGAGGACACAGAUGAGCCACAGCAGCUGUUCAGUGCCAGCGCUCCACCUGCCAGUCUCAGUCUGCUGGGAAACUUUGAGGAGUGUGUAUUGAACUACCGCCUGGAGCCUUUAGGGACGGUGGAGGGCUUCACAGCAGAGGUUGGUGCCAGCGGGUCCUUCUGCCCGAGUCACAUGACCUUACCUGUGGACGUGUCAUUCUACAGUGUCUCCGAUGACAACGCUCCCUCGCCAUAUAUGGGUGUGAUCAACCUAGAGUCCCUGGGGAAAAGGGGCUACCGUGUACCUCCAUCAGGAACCAUUCAAGUGACCUUAUUCAACCCCAACAAGACGGUGGUGAAGAUGUUUGUGGUGGUUUACGACCUACGAGCCAUGCCAGCUGGACACCAGACCUUCCUACGCCAGAGGACCUUUUCUGUUCCCGUCCGCCGCGACACCCAUACACACACCAGCAGGAAGCCCCUCCCCCUGGGCCAGGGACGUACCCUGCGCUACCUCGUUCAUCUGAGGUUUCAGAGCUCUAAGUCUGGGAAGAUCUACCUCCACAGGGACAUCCGUCUGCUGUUUUCCAGGAAGUCCAUGGAGGUGGACAGUGGUGCUGCCUAUGAGCUCCAGUCCUUCACCGAGUCUCCCGCUGACCCCCCUUUCUCCCCCCGCUGCUGAGGCCUGGCUUCCACCCUCACCUGGCAGGCCACUACUGAAGAAUAAACAACACCCUCCUAACCAGGGAUGGAACUUUUCUCAGCCCAUUAGCCUGUUGCAAGAAUUUGUAUAGUGUUUAAAUAAGAGAAGGGAUACAAGGAUGGCAGUCACCAAGACUCUUUGGGCCAGUGCCCUCAGUGUUAUAAACUUCCAUCUCUUCCUGUCACCCAGAACAGAUACAGGGGGCUAAGAGCAUAGGAGACAUAUCAGAAACGAAACCUUAUUCUCCAUUUAGCGCACGACCUUGGACUAAAGAUUUUGCAUCCAAGGUUGGGGUUGCUGAGGUCACAGUGAAUGGGGUUCUGUUUUAGAUCCUGUUCUCCUCACCAGCCUUACCACUUGUUCCUUCUCGGGCCUUACUACUGUUGUGUGUAUCUUCUCUAGCGUCUGGCAGGAGAGGACAGGACAGGGAUUGUCGUCAGAGGCAGUUAGACUCUUCAGUCCACUUAGCAAGAGCUGGGGUCAAGCCACUCAAUUCCAAAAUGUUAAUUGGAACUGUGUUCCAUCAUAAUGAGUGAAAGGCCUGAAUCUCAAUAAUUUCUUUGGAGAUGAAACACAAGAACCUUUUUGGGCAAACGAUUUUCUGAUUUUUAAUCUUUGAGGAAAAUUCACUCCCUAGAUUGAUUGGACGGAAAGUUAAUUCAGCUUUGACCCCGUCACUCAGAUUGCCAAGCUUGGAACAGGGAGAGUCCAUAUGAAAGCGGGCAUGGGUGGCAGACUGUGGUGCAACUCCGUCCCUGAGAUGUGCUACAAAGAAAAAUAAAUAAAUAAAUAACGUAAACCCACAGACAUCCAUGGACCACUGGAGAAGCCGAACAAGCAAUCAAGCCACAUUAAAUCGAGAGCAUCACAGCAGGACAAUAGAAGCGCACUGUGUUUUUUUUCCAUGAUAAAAAAAAAACAAAAACUGGAAAUGAAACAAAAGAUAGUAAUAUUCUAAUACUUUUUUGUACUGUUACAGAACCACUUUAUUGGAAGUGUUGCAAUAGAAAGAAUAACCUUUAGUUUAGUGUUUACACAUUUACUUUCAGUUUACCUUCCAUCAGUUUAUUUAAUAUUUAAAUUAAUAUUUCAGUUACUACUCAAGUGACGUCUGUCAUGCUAAGAUGAUGUAGUGCAAACUGUAUAUCAUAGUAUGUAUUUUUGACAUUAAUAUUCAAAUCUGAAAAAAAAUAUAUCUUCUAAAGCAAUCUUAAACUGUG